UGUUGUAUCCUAUGCUACUGAACAGAUAUGUUGCGAUACUAGCUACACACUAGCAUUAAAGCCACGAAAAGAUGCGCCUUUACGGGAUUAAAACAAUAAAACAAACAACGAGAAGUCUGGAAAAACUUUGCCCAACUGUGCCCAAACUUUGAUAGGCUACAACCCAAAUCACUUCCCUUCAGUUUCGAGUGUGUUAGCAUUGUUUUAUCUCACCAUUAUUGCCAUUGGACGCGUUUUUUUUUCUUCUGGAGCAGUCCAGUCUGAUGAAUUCACCGAAAAAAGACGGCGAUGAUGAUGUGCCCGUUAAAGACCCGGUAAAAUACGGCGAAUUGGUCAUUUUGGGGUACAAUGGCUCUCUUCCAAGCGGAGACCGUGGGCGUAGAAAGAGCCGCUUCGCUCUGUAUCGAAGGGCCAAGGCCAACGGUGUCAAACCCAGCGCUGUGCACAUCCUCAACACACCACAGGACAGCAAGGCUGUCCACAGCAGGGGGCAGCACAGCAUCUCUUUUACUCUGUCCCGUAACCAGACAGUGGUGGUGGAGUACUGCCAUGACAACAACACAGACAUGUUCCAGAUUGGACGCUCCACAGAAAGUCCCAUUGACUUUGUGGUGACAGACACCUCCGGAGGGGGGAAGGAGGGGGAGGACCCCUCCAUUGCUCCCAGCACCAUCUCGCGUUUUGCCUGCAGAGUGGUGUGUGAACGCAACCCACCUUACACUGCACGUAUCUACGCCGCUGGCUUUGACUCUUCCAAAAAUAUCUUCUUAGGGGAGAAAGCAACAAAAUGGAAAAACCCUGAUGGGCAUAUGGACGGCCUGACCACCAACGGGGUGCUAGUGAUGCACCCGGAGGGGUUCCCAGAGGACACUGAGCAGAUGAUUUUGAUCGACUGUAUGGUGUUUCGUCCAUUAUUAUCUCUGCAGGCCGUAGGGGAGAGCAGUGCGCUACGUGACGGCUCCCUGGUUGACCUGUGCGGUGCCACCCUGCUGUGGCGUACAGGCGAGGGGCUCAUGCGCGCUCCCACCCUGCGUCACCUGGAAGCACUUCGCCAGGAGCUCAACGCGUCCCGGCCCCAGUGUCCCGUCGGCCUCAGCACGCUGGCCUUCCCCAGCCUGCCGCGCAGCCACAGCCUUGAAGAGCGUCAGCCUUGGGUCUACCUCGCUUGCGGCCAUGUCCAUGGACGCCACGACUGGGGCCAGAGAUCUGAGGGAGUGGAGGUGCCGGGAGAGGGCGAGGGUUCCACAACCCGCCGAGAAUGUCCCCUGUGCAGGAGCGUGGGUCCCUACGUGCCCCUGUGGCUGGGCUGUGAGCCUGCUGUGUACGUGGACGCCGGAGCUCCUACUCACGCUUUUGUGCCGUGCGGCCACGUCUGCUCCGAGAGGACAGCCAGGUAUUGGGCUGAGACCCCGCUUCCUCACGGGACGCACGCCUUCAGACCCGUGUGCCCCUUCUGCUCCUCUGCCCUCAGCACCCCCGGCUGGACGCGGCUCAUCUUCCAGGGCCCCAUCGACUAGUCGCCACUCCUCAUCAACCACUCUCACAGUAACAGAAAGACGCCUGGGCUACAUUCAUGUUGCAGACGUGGGUCAGUGUUCAGUAGGGAUAGGUAAUUGAUUAGGAACGCAUGUGUGCUCUACACUCGGGCCACACACUGUGUAUAACAAACACUGUCCAACGUUGUUACUGAAUGGAGCUCGAAGCUGAAUCCUUCCCGUUCUUUAUCCUUCAAUUCUUGUUGACUGGUAUAAGAUCUGGUGAAUAGGUGCAAAAUAACAGAAUAAUCAAUAGUGUCAUGUGGACAGUAUUUACUCUAAACUCUAACCCUCUGUCAGGCAUGAUUGUGCUGUUUUUCAUUCCAACCAAACCCUACACUUUCACUGAUUACCUAACCUUCAAGUCAAAUUGUAUAUAGACACGAGCUUAAACGAUGCUGCUUGACCCUUUUUAAACAAUUAUUUUUACUCCAUUAUCAAAUGACUCAACCUCCCACAAAUUUUAAACGAUGUCAUACGAAACAAACCGAUCCAAACACUUUUUAUUUGUCUCUUUCAGAAGCCAUGUAUAAAACGACAAGUAGCUUUUUGCACACAAAAAAAAAAAAGGAGUAGCCUUUUUACUCAGUUCCUCUGCAGCGUCUUACACGUCUGCAGCGACCGCGUGUCCUUAACUCGGUGAAACGCCGCCUCUUGCACUUCUCGGCCUGACAUCCGACCACUUCUUAAUUUCGAAAACAUUGUUACUGUAAUUGUCGUGAAAUGCUCGCCACUCAUCAAACAACACAACCCGCCUGGUCUCAGCUUCUGCAUAAACCACCUUCGCCUUUAUUUCAAACCAAGUCUCUUUAUAGAUUUGCACGCUCACUUUCCUGUCUUCCUUCCCUGAAUGACCAGCUGAUUUAUAUUCAUAGCUGUAUUCUCAGCCGGCCAUGUUAACUACUUAUGGUAAAUGUGCUUUACAAGGUGAGAUCAGAGGCGUGUGCUUCGAUCUAGCUUUUCAGGUUCCCAGCGAUUCAUGAAGGGGAAAUUAUUAACCAUCAUAAAAUGAGUAUAUGCAGUUUUCAUCUUUUGUCUUCGUGCAUCAUUUUUAGUGUGAAAUCUAUGCAGAGAGAGACCCCAUAAAUGAGACCCCCUUGUGUAGUAUUAGGUUGGAAUGAAAAGCUGCAGACUCUCUGAUUAUCUCUGAAGGGAACACUACACGCUGUAUGACCGCACCACAAAGAAUUCACCUCUUAAGGCCAGAUCUCAUCCUGAUUAUCAAGCAGACCGAGGAUAAGCACGGGCUGGGAAUGAAACUGGGUAAAAUCCACUAUAUAACUCUGCAGCAAUAAUAGCACUCCCAUAUAUAUAAGCUAGAUGUAUCGCUCUGUUUAGCCAAGUGAUAGGUCGGCGGUCGCAUUGGACAUAGCUGAAAUGGUUUCCAGGUUAAGGGCUCAACCAGAGGCGUGUUCAAUAUCAGGAUUUAUUUCAUCGUGGUGUUGUGUGUGUAUGUGUGUGUGUGUCUGUGUGUGUGUGUGCGCGUGUGUGAUGUAACCAAAGCACUAGAAUUUAAAGAUGAGCAACUGAAUCAGUGAUUAAACACACAACAUGUAUUUAAAUACUCAUUUUAGAUGCAUUAAUAGCCUAAGCAUGCUAACAGAGAUUAGCAUGUUUAGGCUGCAGAGGAAUACAUCAGCUGUCACAAAAGGACAUGUUUUGACGCUCGUGUUGUGUUAAUUUGAACACACUUCUGGUUACUGAAUUAUGUGAAACAGGGUCCAUGUUUGCAUGGUGGAGUGUCAAAAAGGUUUGACCUUGCAUAACCUCAAAAGAGAACUUCUUUUUUGUUUCAAAGAAAACUAUUUUGUUAGAAAAUGGGGAGGGAUUUAUUUGGGGGAAGCGGGAGGAAUUCUUUUAGAUGUUCAGUGUUUAAAAAAACAACUAUUUUUCUAACUGAUAAUUGGUUUUAGUUAACUAAUUGUUACUCAGUGUAUGUUUCCGAAUAUUCUCGUGUGGUAUCUAGGAGAGCUUGUGAGUGAGACAACAUUGCCAACACUGUGUCCAACAAACACACACUUAACACACUGCUACCGUUAAAAAAAAAAAAAAGAGAAAAAAAAAAAACAUUGCCC